AUGCCUGCAACGACGCGUUCCUCGACGCGUUCUCUAGCCAAUAGUGCGCCCUCAGAGACCGUACAGGCGGCAACGAAACGCAAAGCGCCCGCAUCAACCAAGGACAAGGCCAAGAAACCCAAGACGGCACAAGAAGCUGUACUAGAGCAGCAGAUACCCCCAGUCGUACCACCACCAAGCUCCGGUGCGGCGCCGGUCUUGAUACCAGCACAGCUCUCGUUCUCUUUUGAGGAUGCGAAACAGCACCUCAUCAGCGCAGAUCCCAGAUUCGAAGACAUUUUUGGCAAGCUGAAAUGCACACCUUUCGAGGUACUUGAACAAGUACACCCAUUUAGAUCUCUCGCAACUUCCAUAAUAGCGCAACAGAUAUCCUGGAAAGCUGCCCGCUCUAUCAAUCACAAGUUCAAACGGAUAUAUGACUCUUCUCUUCCCGAGAAUGUCGCGGAUUACACCGACAACUCUGCGACAUCCUUUUUCCCAAGCCCUGAGCAGGUGGCUGCUACGGAUCCUUCCCUCCUUCGUUCCGCAGGUCUUAGUGGACGCAAGGGUGAAUAUGUUCAAGAUCUCGCAAGUAGAUUCGCGGAUGGGCGUCUGUCAACCGAAAAGCUAAUAAAAGCCACUGACGAGGAGCUAUUAGAAUUGUUAAUUGCGGUCAAAGGUGUUGGAAAAUGGACAGUUGACAUGUUCGCAAUUUUCUCUCUUCGACGACCCAACAUUUUACCCGUUGGUGACCUGGGCGUCCAGCGUGGAGUGAUACGGUGGUUCCUGUCCCUGCAUUCUUCCACGUAUAACUAUGCGAUAUCUGAUAAGAAAGACGCGGGUAGCUCAUCUAAAGCUAAGAAGAAAAAGAACUCCAAGACCGAAGAGGAAAACGACAAAACUACCUCUGUGACGGAUAUAGAAAGACCGUUGACCCCUGAUGUUUCUUCAGCCCCACCGGGAGGUUUACCAUCCACUCCCAAGAAGACCGAUACGGAAACACCCGCUCUGCCUCCCGCGUUCACCCCGUCAAUCAAUAGGACUCUUCACAAAGUACAAGAUACCUCAUUUGUACCAGAGCCUCUACCUGAGGGACUCGCUGUAACCGCAUUGAAAGCCCGUCUUGAUGGGAAGAAAAAGAUCAAGGGUGCCUUGCUUACUCCUGCAGAAAUGGAAGGCCUUACAGAAUCUUGGAAGCCGUAUAGAAGUCUUGCGGUUUACUACAUGUGGGCGCUCGCUGACGGUGAUGAUUCAUAA